GAUAUUUAAACUCGUCAGUUGACGGAUAAUUCUAAGCUCUUACAGAAACGCUGUAAAUAAACACUAGAGACUACAAAAUGAUCAGUCUUCGUAUUGUUUGUUUAAUGGCCUCUCUCUUUACAGUUUCUCGUGCUACCAUCUCCUCCUUCAGAUAUAUCGCGAAACUGGAACUCGAUAACAAGAUGUCCAAUGAGGAACUUAUAGGACAACACGAAGCCCAAUCUUUAAGCGAGUGUGCUGCCACCUGUCAGAGAGAUUGCGGUUUCUUCGGGUACAAUCCUACGCUGAAGAAGUGCCGGACCCACAAGAAGCCCUUUACCUCCGGAAUGUCGGACGAAAACGGAUGGCGGUAUUACUUUCCGGAAUUUCUUCCCUCAGAUUGUAAGGCACUUCGUGACAAUGGUUAUGAUAAUUCGGACGUGUACGAUAUUUACCCAUACGGGAUAAAGUCCAUUCCGGUCAAGGUUCAUUGUAAUAUGGAUAUAAUGGGCGGCGGAUGGACGGUAGGUUUUGAUUUCUUUUUACAUCUUAGCCUUUUGAUGAUAAUGUGAUGAUAUUGUGAUGAUAUUGUGAUACCUAUAUUUAUGUAAUGAUAUGGAUUGUUCCUUUUUUAAAGACCGAAUUUCCGAAGGUGGGGGUGGAGGUUAUGCCCUGUUCACUGAUACGGAUUGGUUGUUGCUUUUUUAAAGAUCAAUCACUGCUCGCUAUCUCCACCUUUUUAUUUAUUCACAAUGAUCUUUCCAGGGCAAUCAAAUCUAGCCUAAUAAAUUUACAUACAGCUUUCCAAGGUAAUCCAAACUAGCCAAAUAAAUGUACAUACAUCUUUCCAAGACAAUCCAAACUAGCCCAAUAAAUUUUAAUACAUUUUUCCAAGGCAAUCCAAACUAGCCUAAUAAAUGUACAUACACCGUUCCAAGGCAACCCAAAACUAGCCUGAUAAAUGUACCUACAUCUUUACACAGCAAUCCAAAAUAGCCUA